AAAAGGCGACGAAACUCUUUGUGGAAAAGCAGAGUCGUAGAUCAUAGGAAUAAUCUAGGUUUAAAUUAUAUAAAUAAUAAAAAUGGCGUUGUUUUGGAGAGGGCUUCUUAUAUUACCUCUCCUAUUUGUGUAUGCAAGCAGCCAUUUUAUAUAUACUAAACGACAUUUCGAUAAACCCGAGGUAGUCGGGUUCAAGGACCUCGAUUACCUCCACGGCGAUGGCGGUGGUUUCCUUAGUGGCCCCAUAGAAGACGAUGAUAGUGUCAAAGCUUCGAAGACCGUCGUUGAAGAUGAGAGUGACGAUGAUGACAAUGACGAUGACGAUGGUGAUAAAAAGAGUAAAAAGAAGAAAGAAAAGAAGAAUAAGAAGAAUAAGAAGGAGAAAAAAGAGAAAAAGAAGAGCAAAAAAGAAAAAAAAUACGAUGAAAGUUUCCAUACAUUACCAGUCGAAAGCCUUGUAAAUGAAAAGGGUGGUGACGAAAAUACCGACGAGUCGUCUGGAGUCAUUGUUGAUAAUGGUAAUGGCAAUGAUAAUACUAACGAUUCAUCUCAACUCGUCGGUUAUAAUGUAGUGACGGCUCAAACUACGUUUAAGGGGAGUUGGGAAUUAUUCGUUGAAAACUCUGGUGUUUCCGCUAUGCAUGUGGUGUUACUUCCGAUUAUCAAUCAGGCUUUGAUUUUUGAUGCCACAGUGUGGAAAGUGUCAAAGCUGAAAUUACCGGGACCACCAUGCCGACAUGUCGAGGGAACUAAUGAAGAAGAUUGCUUUGCACAUUCAAUCCUCUUAGAUGUUGAAACAGCACAUAUUAGGCCACUUAGGUUGAACUAUGACACUUGGUGUUCAUCGGGUGCUCUCGAUAUCAAUGGUCGAUUGGUAAGUACUGGUGGUUACAACAAUGGCUCUGACACCGUGAGAAUCCUUGACUUAUGUGAUACUUGUGAGUGGCAAGAAUUUCCCGGUGCACUUGGAAACGGAAGAUGGUAUGCCACACAAGUAACAUUAGCUGAUGGUAAGUUCAUGGUGUUUGGCGGUCGGGAUUUCCCGACAUACGAAUUUGUUCCUCCAGAAGGACAAAAAAACACCAUUAAUGAAGUGAUCAAUUUCCCAUUCUUGAAAGAAACACACGAUCCCGUUGAGAACAAUUUAUACCCUUUCGUUUUCCUUUCAACUGAUGGCAACCUCUUCAUUUUUGCCAAUAAUCGUUCGGUUCUUUUGAACACCCAAACCCACACGAUUAUCUACGAGUACCCAGUGCUCCCUAGUGGUGCUCGUAAUUAUCCGUCAUCGGGAUGCGCUUCUCUCCUUCCAAUCAUGCUUAAACCUAAUGAAGAUAGGAAAUCAAUCCCUGCCGAGGUUUUGGUGUGCGGUGGAACGCCGCAUGAUGCAUAUACAAAGGCCGAUUUGCAACGCCCUAAGGUGUUUUUGCCAGGAAACACCGAUUGUGCUCGUAUUGACAUCACCAAAAGGAAUGGCAAGUGGAAGAUCCAAAACAUGCCAUCAGCUCGACUCUUGGGAGACAUGGUGGUGCUUCCGACGGGAGAUGUGUUACUUGUCAACGGUGCCAAGACUGGUUCAGCCGGUUGGGAUGACGCUAGGGACCCGAAUUUACACCCAGUUUUGUACAAGUUCCAAACCGAUGGAACUGGUUCCAAGUUCACCGUGCUUAACCCAUCCAACAUCCCCCGCAUGUACCACUCUUCCUUUGCUGUCCUUCCCGAUGCAAAAAUCCUUAUCGCUGGAAGCAACACAAACCCAGGUUACCUUGAUGACGCUUUGUUCCCCACCGAAGUUCGGGUUGAGAAGUUCUCACCACAUUACUUGGACCCGAACUUGGGUAUGUUCCAACAAGAGAUCAUUGUUGAAAAGUCCAAUAACCAGGUGAAAUACGGUCAGAAAUUUACAGCGCAGAUCCGUGGAAAUGUCGAAAUUGACCAACAAAAGCUUCAAGUGACGAUUUACUCGCCGCCAUUUGUGACCCACGGGGUUGCUAUGAAUCAGAGAUUGAUUCAAUUGGGAAUUGUGGAAUUUAACAAAUAUGUUGCCCUAAAUACAAACAACAUUGUUCUUCAAGCUCCCAUUAAUAGCAACAUUGCACCACCUGGUUAUUACAUGCUCUUUGUGAACUACAAUGGAGUACCUUGCCGUCGAUCAAUGUGGGUUCGAAUUUUACCUUAGAUCUUUCACAACAAGCAUUGAAUUGUCAGAGCCACUAUAUGUAAUACGAAUCAUUGUUCACGUUUUGUUUCACACGUUGUUAUUUAAAGAUCUUAUAUAAUACAAAAUGUGGAUAAUUAGAUUCA